AUGAUUCAAUAUCCAGGUGUUCAAAAGCCUGGAGGGUCUGGCACAACUCGGAAGAUACGAGAACAACUAAACUUUACAGAUGAACGACGGUGGAAACAAUUUUCUAGUCGCAGACUGGAGCUCAUUGAGCGCUUCCGGCUGAGUGAGCGGAAAGCCAGUGAACAAGAUCAAAAUGUAUCACAGAUCGCCACGAUCUUAAGAACGGAAUUUGGAUAUCCUUUGAGCUCUUAUAGCGAGUUCGAGAAGCUUGUUACAGCUGCAGUCCAGUCAGUUCGACGGAAUAGGAAGCGAUCCUCCAAAAACAAGCCUGUUCUGGAGUCGACUACAAAUUCACCAGCCAGCUCGCCUAACGUCUCUAAUGGUCCACAAAGCACAGAGGCAAUUCCGGAACAGUACCACGUCAAGAGCUUAUCUAGUUCGAACUCUCCAUUACCCCAAGAGAAUUUCUCUCAACCGCAGCAGCAGCGACAACUACAAACACGACCGCAAUCACAAUUACUGCGGCACUCAACACAGAGUUUAUUUACACAUUCAUUACCAGGUAGUCACGAUAAUGGCCUGGUGAAUGGCCCACACCAACCACCUGUACUUCCUGCGAUACAUCCGAAGCCCCAGUGCAUCCCUUCAAUUCCGUCAAGAACCACGUCCCUGCCUCCAGUAAUGGCAUCGCAAUCUCAUCAUUAUGACGAACUGACUAAAACGAUAAUAGCUGAUUUGGUUCAUAAUCGGGUGUCUCUGCAUGAGCAGUCGCGACAUGAUGACUUUAGUCCAAAUUUAACAGAUUUCGCCCUAUCGAGCAACGACGGAAAUCUACUAAACCUUGCAUUUCAAUCCCCUGCAACGGGCAGACUCUCUAAUACGGUUGCUUGCCCAAAAUCAAAGUCUCCCAUUGAAAGCGAUAAAAUCCCUUUUUUCCUAAGAAAGAAGAUACUACUGCAUGUUCAGCGAUCUAGAACAUGCUUAGAGUUGAGCUCUGCCCAGGGGUCUCUCGAAAUUUAUUCGAAUUUAGCCAUUCUGGGUCAAUCAGCGAUCAGGGCUUCUAUUGGGUUCGUCAUGGAGCGAUUUUUCUCCAAUCUGUCUAGCUCCUCGGUGGACUAUAUCACAUCAAAGAUGAGCUCAACGUCGGAGUUGGCAGCUGUGGCUGUCAAAAUUUUCAAACCAGCUACAGAACGCCACUUUGAGCAAAUGCCCCAUGAAGCACAACUUAAACUACUCGGUCUGAUAAUGGGCGCCAUAAUAAAGGACUUUGGAUUUGAUCCUUGCAUCUACCCAUUGAGUGAAAUCAUGCACGAUGUCAUUUUAAAACAAUAUCCACUAGCGAGUCAACCAAACAGAGACGGUGAAAGGGCGGCCAUCAUGUCGACGCUGUCAAUGAUACCAGCAUCGGCUAACAAGGAUAUAUAUCGAAAGGUGCUCCUAAAGUUCAAGGAUAAAGAGCAGAGUUUUACAUUUCAUCUGUUGAGUAAUGGUCCACCAUCUAUUGCUGAAAUAUUAGAUAAUUGUCGACAACUGUUUCAAAUAGUGUCCCAGACUAAGAGCCUGCAUUUAUUUCACAACGGAAGUGUUGUGAAAGAUGACGCGGAGUUGGCAAAGAUCUUUAAUAAGUUCACUUCUGAAGAAAUCUUGAUCGAAAUCUGUGAGGUCAAAGCUGACCCAUUCGAUGGACUUGCAAUACUGAGCAGUGUAUCAGCUUCGGCCAGGCCAACCAAAGAUUAUCAGGAUUUGCAAAAGUUGCCCAAAAUCGGAGAAAAAUCUCCAAGUGCUUCUGCUGCUGGUGCUGUAAACCAUUCGCACAACUUCAGUGCUCUGAAUAGCGAACGCAGUGCAUCGUCGACGACAUAUCCUGCACCUAGCGCACAUUUAGCUAAAAAUACGUUGGAGAAACCCAAGGGAGGGGAAACAACUCUGGCUACAGCAGAAGAUAGCCAGCAAGGGUCCCCUCUUGUUUUCCAGCCCUUACUAUAA